GUGAUUCGGACCAUGGAGGCUUUGUAACCAAGUGAAAUAAAAAACUGUGUCAAUGGCUUCAAAGCUCAUCACUUCUAGUACGUGCUCAGUGAUUGGAACAGAUGGAUCUCGCCGUGGCCUUGGCCGCGGGUUUUGCUGUGUCUGUGGCGUCUGAUUUUGGGGGUAAUUUUUGGGUAAUUUUCCCUUGGAGUAAGGCAGCGUUGCGGUCAAGCUCUUUUCGGAAACCACGGCUCAUUGCCAUUGCUGCGUCGACUCGCUGUGUGCUUGCUUGCGCGAUCCCCCAAUCAGUGUGGCCAUGCAAGGUCGUCCUAUUUUACCUUUCGAAGCUGUUCGGGGUUGUGUUUGCUCUAAGUGUGGUAUAUGGUUGUAUAUGGGUCUGUUUCUGUGGCUCCUCUAAACGUUUCUGAGCUCGAAGCUUAUUCAAACUAGUCCGAUCAUUCCCAAGGCUCCUCCAGCCUUCCCAAGCUCCUCAAAACUUGCCCAAACCUCCUCUGAACUGAUAGGUGGUUUUUCUGAAGAGUUGGGAAGAGGAUGUGAUAGAUGCUAGUGGUGCGGAUCAUUCAUGUCAUUUGUUUGUUGUCAUGUAGCAGAAGUGAAGGACCGUUAUAUAAAUUGGUACAGUUAGAUUGAAUUUGUAAUUAUAUGUCAGCACCAUUUAAGAGGUUGUGACGUCAGCACCCGAGACGUUCGCCGUAGCGUGGCUCGAGCGUGGCCCAGAGCAGGCCCGUGCACCGUGCAUGGCUGACGGCAGGAACGCAGCAGCGAUGAAGUCGCCAACGCUGCUCAUGCGGCUGUCGUCUCGCUUCAUAUCAGGCUUCGAGUACCUCUUCUACCAACGUACCUGUCGAUGGUGGGCGUGUUCAGCGUGGCUCUCGCCAUCGUCGUCUCGUUCGGCCUGUGCUCGUCGCUGGGCGUGUUCUUCGGGCCGGUGCACAACAUCCUGCCGCUGCUGCUGCUGGGGCUCGGCGUCGACGACAUGUUCGUCAUUCUACAGUGCUGGGAGAUGCUGACGCCGGAUGAGCGGCUGCGUCCGCUGGAGGAGCGCGUCGGCCGCACCCUGCAGCACGCCGGCGUCUCCAUCACCGUCACCAGCCUCACCGACUUUGUCGCCUUCGCCAUCGGCGCCUCCACGGUGCUGCCAUCUCUGGAGUCGUUCUGCGUGUACGCGGCCGUCGGUAUCCUGGCCGUGUACUUCAUCCAGGCCACGUGGUUCGUUGCGUUCUUCACGCUGGACCAGCGGCGGAUUGAGUGCCGGCGUGAUGGCCUCGUCCCGUGCUACACCCAUGUCGACUGGACGCCGAACGCCUGCAGCCAGAAGAGCUUCUUCCAGAACUUCUUCGGCCGCGUGUACGCGCCGCUCAUACUCGGCAGAGUCGGAAAGGUGGUCGUGCUGGUGCUGACGUGCCUCCUACUGGCCGUCUUCUCGUGGGGCCUGUCCCAGCUGCGCCAGGAGUUCAACCCGCUCUGGUUCCUGCCGUCCGACUCGCACCUCGCGCAGUUUCACCGCAGCGCCGAGCACUACUUCCCCACCGAAGGCGAGAAGGGCGUCGUCUUCGUCAGCGGGGUGGACUUCGCAGACAACAUGCCGCAGAUGGCGCUGCUGUCGGAGCGCCUGUCGGCCGACCCCAGCAUACAGCGCGUCGAGUCGUGGUACGACGAGUUUCAGUACUACAUCAACUACAACAAAUACGGAGAGCUGCCGACGCGGCUCUACGACAGCUACCAGUUCCUGCCGAUGCUCGGACAGUUCAUAUUCAGCCCGCGCGGCGGCAAGUUCCAGAAGUUCCUCCGCUUUAACGGCACGCUGGAGUGCGGCUCACCGGCGCCGCCCAUCGAGAUCGCCAUGGUGUCGUACACCCACACGCUGAUGAACGGUCCCGUGGAGCAAAUACCGGCCAUGCAGCGGGUCAAGCAGAUCGCCAAGUCCGUCAACUUCACCGGCGACGCGCCGCUGGUCCAGCCGCUGGCGGAGAUCUACGCCAGCUGGGAGACGGACCAGGUGAUCGAGUUCGAACUCUACCGCAACAUGGGCCUGGCCCUGCUCUGCGUGUUCGUCAUGGUGCUCUUCCUGAUCGCCGACCUCAUCGUCUGCCUGCUGGUGCUUGCCUGCGUGGUGUUCACCCUGGUGGACGUCGGCGGCCUGAUGUUCUUCUGGGGCCUGACGAUCGACACCGUCUCGUGCAUCGACGUCGUGCUGGCCAUCGGCCUCUGUGUGGACUACGCGGCGCACGUGGGCCACACAUUCCUGACGCAGCGCGGCGGUCGGCAGCAGCGCGCCCUGCAGACGCUGCGCGAUAUAGGGCCAGCUGUCUUCAACGGCGGCUUCAGCACGUUCCUAGCCUUCAUCUUCCUCGCCACGUCCACCUCGCACGUGUUCGUCACGUUCUUCAAGGUGUUUUUCGGGGUGACUGUGUUCGGCCUGUACCACGGCCUGGUUCUGCUGCCUGUGCUGCUGAGCCUGGUGGGGCCCGACCCCUAUCUGCCUAGCCGCAACGAAAUUGAAAUGACCUCCAACGGUGCCUUGGCGAAUGCUCCAGACGCCAAGAGCAAUGGCCACGCCGACGUUGACGACCCAGGCGUCUCCGAAGUGGAGUACACGCCUCGGGCACCGAGCGCCACGCCGGCCGCGGACGCCUAGCUGGUGUUUUGUCCCGCACCUUCGCUCUAGCUGGAGCGCCGCUCAUCUUCACCAGCCGUGCGUGAUCUUGAGAGCGGGGCGCGCGCGCGCCGCGGUGCCCGGGCCGGCCGGGCGGCGACGGCCCACGGAGAGCCGCCCGCCACGGCGCCAGGGACGAUGCCGGCGCCGGCUCGGACGCGAGGCACCGCCGCCUCCGCCGUCGGCGAUGGUAGUGGGCGCCCCGAUCCGGCGCCCACCAGGGCCGGCCGAUGGUCGAUGCGCCGAUGGUCGUCCGGGAGCGGUGUCGAUCGCCGCCUGGCCGUGCCGGCUCUGGACUGGACGUCGGGCCGCGCUCGGGGAAAGGGCCGCCAGACCGUCCCGGUCAGGGCGCGGUCCGGAGGGUCAGGACUGUUGCGCUGACACCCGGCUAAGUGCCGUCUGCCGCCCCUGAGCAGACCGUUUGGAGACGGGCCACGUUCCAGGGCUCUGGAGGACUGUCCAACAGACCGGAGACUACGCGCGCUGAGUGUAUCAAGACCAUACGAGUUGUUCAACCGUGUUUAUGUUGCGUGGUUAACCACCGCUCUGGCCACGACUGCCGAGAAACAGUUAUGUGCGGUUCCUGGCAAAAUUGCACUCAGCCUCCAGCUGGAAACGAUAACGCUUGAUGUGCCACAGUCGUGCUGAGGGCGCGUAGGUGCCGAGCUGUAAUGCCCAGGGCAGCCAGACGCGGGGUCACAUUAGUUUGUGACGUUAAAGGGAUUUCUAAGCAUGGAGGUAUUUUAGGUCGAAGAGUCUAGUCCAAUUUUGUCGGAACAUGGUGUCCACUCAUCAGAGUGUUAGUAGUAUCAUCUGAUGCUCUUUCAAUGUUGGAGGAAAAGUCGCUAUUACUAUCUCCGGUGGAUCGCUAUAUUUGUAUUGUCCGUGAUAGUAGUGCAACAAUAUUCCACCAUGUCAAGAUGUGGGAUGCUUUUCCACUGAUGCUGUAGAAACCGUAUCCAAACGCGCGUAGAAACCCGAUGUAGGAUUAAUAUUCCGCAUAGGUAUGCACCCGCUGGGUCUCAAAGAGGCCAGCAUGAAGAUCCCGGAGUUCGGUGCGGUAAGACAAAGGAGCUUUCAUCAUUACGUUUGUAGCUCUCAGUUUCUCUGUAGGCUUAGUUGUUGCCUGUGAAGCGCGGCUACUGCAUGCGGGGCGUGCGGCGUCAUGUUGCAGGCUGUAGGCCCCGCCGGCUCCCUGUGUGUGUGUGUGUGUGUGUGUGGAGACUUGCCUCGUCGGCGGCUCGUCGCGCCUGUGUGAUCCCCGAUGCUCUGUGAUGAAGUACGCCCGCUGCGCUAGGGUUGGUGCUGUGGACACUGGUCUCUCUGGUGAAAGGGGUGGGGGGCUGUAGUCAGUUCGUUAGAGCUGUCUGCAAUUAAUGUUUUCAAUAGAACCAUGCAAGCGCAUAGUCCUGGAAGAAUAGUUUUUGCUUGAAAGAAAAUUUCGUGGUAAGCGUUUGACGAACGAGGCAAGCAGAUCAAACUAAGUACUUGCCGAUUAUGUGCUCGAACAGCGAUGUUUAAAAGGAGAUCCGCUUUUCUGGAACCGGCUACUGCCGUGCCUCUGCCGGAAGUGUGCGUGUCCAGCCCUUGGAUAGUUUGUUUUCUAGAAGAUUUCAUAUUCUACUUUGAGUGGCUGCCUGGUGUCGGACGUGUUGCCUGGCUGUCAUGCGAGAUUUCUGUGAUCGUGAUCAAGAGACGACGUGUGUAGUUUGCUUUCAGUGCGUUUGAUUUGCCACAGAAUAAAGUAAUUAUAUCUAAGGUUUAUGGGCGUGUCGACUACGCGGCCAUUUUGCGCCCUCUCGAGUGCUGCCAACUGCAUGCCGCUCGGUCAGAACUAUUUCGUAUAUUACUCCGCACUUUGAUCUGUAUACCUAAACGGUUGGACGGUUACAAGUUAUUAUGAAGGCUACAUCGACUAAGACGGCGUGCGUUGUCAGCAAUAUCACAACGUGGGUCCCGGCCUAGGAGCCGUGAAAAGGGCGCUGGAACGAAGCAACACGGAUGAUCUAUGACAAUGACACGGGGUCAGGACAUCGGUCCGGAGGGCAGGACGGUCAGAUGCUCGUCACAUCCCUUGCACUGCAACAUGGCCUAGCUCGGUAGGUAACACGAGCGCGUAGUGCAGGUGUGCUCGAGCCGCGGCCGGGAAACAGCAACCUCCUCGAAUCUCUUGCUCUGGUCAGACGCCUCCCACGCACCAACCAGUGGUUUGAUGGCCUGGAAUGUGUGAUGUGCUUUGACGAAGUCAUUUUGCUAUCUGUCAUGAAUAUACCUGGUAACU